UUAUAUUAGUUAUUUAAUUAUACUUUUAGGAAACCUUAGUAUUAGUUAUUAUAAUGAUACUAAACUACACAAUUGUAUUGCCAACUGUCCUAUUGUUGAUACAGUUGUUAAACUGUAAAACAGUAGUGUCUUCAGCUGGUUUAGAGCCGGACUGUAAAAAUCACAAAACAGGUUACGACAGUUUUGUAUGUGUCUGUACUGAGUCGGAGCCGUGCGCUAAAAUCGAGACACCGGUGCGUACGGCACCCGAUGUAGUGAACAAUUGGUUUUCGAGUCGUGACGGCGCCCGACUACGCAAACAGACACUCAAGUUUGGCGAAAAACUCGACAGUACUACUGGUAAUGGCGCUCAACUACAUGUCAAAGUAAACCGUGAGAUCAAGUAUCAGGAGAUAUUGGGUUUUGGCGGUGCCUUUACCGAUGCCACCGGUAUUAAUCUGAAAGCAUUGGGCGAUAAAUUGGGUGAUCAGGUACUAUACGACUACUUUAGCAAAGAUGGUAUCGAGUAUAGUGUAAAUCGGGUGCCAAUCGGUGGCAGUGACUUUUCAGCGCGCGGUUAUGAAUACGAUAACAAUGUUGAGGACAAAACACUGGCCAAUUGGAAACUGGAACGGGAGGACUAUGACUAUAAGAUACCAUACAUUAAAAGGGCUAAAGAGUUGGCCACACAUGAGAUCCGUUUAUUUGGUAGUCCCUGGUCUGCACCUAAAUGGAUGAAAACCAACAAUGAUAUCGCACACGGAGGUACUAUUAAGGGAGAUGUAGGCACUGAGUACUGGCAGAUAUACGCAAAAUAUCUUGUAAAAUACCUGGAUGAGUAUAAAAACAAACAUAACAUAACUCAUUGGGGUCUAACUGUACUCAAUGAACCAGUGAUAACCAUAAGGUAUAACUCAAUGCAUAUAAAUUCAACACAAAUGCGCGAUUUUAUGGCCAAAACAUUGGGUCCGGAACUGGAACGGAGCGGUUGGGCGACUGGUGUCGACCGGGGGUUUCGGGUAAUGACAUGGGAUUGGAAUCUCGACUCAAUUGACGACUACACCAGUACUGUGUACGCCGAUACAGGAGCUGCCAAAUAUAUAGCCGGCACUGCAUUUCAUUGGUACGAAACCAAAACAUACGAACCACUGGACAGACACUAUAGCAAGCGAUCCGAUAAGUUUCUGUUAUCUACCGAAGCCUGUAUUAGAGGUGGCGUAAAGAUAGGCCUAUGGAAUUCAGCGGAACAGUAUGCUUACGAUAUACUAUCUGUAUUAUUACAUUAUUCAAUUGGUUGGGUAGACUGGAAUAUGGUGUUGGACACACAGGGUGGUCCCAAUUGGGUGCAAAACUAUGUAGACGCACCCAUACUGGCCAAUCCAGACAAACACGAGUACUACCGACAGCCGCACUUCUAUGCAUUGGCUCAGUUCAGUAAGUUUAUUAAACCGGGAUCUGUUAGAGUCGACACACAAGUAGUCAAACAGGAGGCCAACAAUGCACUCGUCGGUGCCUUUCGUACGCCAAACAACUCGACAGUUGUGACGGUUGUCAACAACGGUGACACCGAUAUUGUGUUUACUUUGGAGGACUCGAAAGCCGGCAAACUUUUGAACACAAUUACGAAAAAGUCAAUUCAAACCUAUGUUUACUACGAUUAGUAUUUUA